AGGGUACUGCGCGGCGGCUUCAACAACAACCAGCGAGAAAUUUCGUCUCUUGGAGUCGGUGCGAAAGUCACGGUAGGGGUCGGCGCGUUACCCAUCGCAAUCGAACAGAAACAACUCGGGCUGUCAUACGCAACCUAGAGAGCCCCGUGGAUCCGGACCUCGCAGAUACGAUUGCCCGGCGAGCGGAUCGAUUCUUUAACAAGGUCGGCUUCUCACAAUGGCGCUGAUCAGGAGAGUCGAAUCUCUGAUCGACGGGUUGCUGAAGCAAUACGCUCUCCCGAUUCGACGGCGUGAAAUGGCAUGGCGAUGUCACGGCAAGAACAACGAUGAGCUGGUCAACAAUUUAUCAAGACACAAUGUCCUCAAGACGGAACGCAUCGCAAAUGUCAUGAGAAAAAUCGACCGCGGAGAUUUUGCUAUGUGUACCGACACUGCGUACGAUGAUGCGCCGCAAGCGAUCGGCUUCGCGGUGACAAUAAGCGCCCCCCAUAUGCAUGCCUACGCUCUUGAAGCCCUGAGGGACCAUUUGCCUGAAGGAGGUCGAGCCUUGGACAUCGGGUCUGGGUCAGGAUACCUCACGGCGUGUAUGGCGGCGAUGGUGGGACCCCGCGGGAGAGCCAUUGGAGUGGAUCACAUUCCGCAAUUAGUAGAAAUGUCGGUCAAGAACGUCAAGAAGAAGAACAAGAAGAUGCUGGAAACUGGUCAACUUCAGUUGUUUGUUGGAGACGGCCGGGACGGUUAUCCUGGGGAAGCUCCAUACGAUGCAAUUCAUGUCGGAGCGGCUGCUGAGGAGCUGCCGACGAAACUUGUCGAUCAACUGAAGCCUGGAGGACGUUUGGUUUGUCCUGUCGGCAAGGAAUACGACGAUCAGGUCCUACUGCUAGUUGAUAAGAAAGCGGAUGGUAGUCUGGUGAAAACCAAACUAUUCGGGGUCAGAUACGUGCCAUUGACGGAUCGUGAGAAGCAGUAUCCUGGAAGAAUCAGUUAGGUGUCGAUUGCCAAGGGGAUCGAGGAGCUCGAGUUGUUCAGAUCGCUUGAGGAUGAGCUCACAUGACCCCGAGACUCGCUUUACCUUGUCGAAUCGGUGGGCAUCGUGGCAGAAGACCCCGAGCGGAGAGCUUUCGGAAUUUGUCCCCGUAGCGUUGUUCACCCCAAGACCUUCAAUGAUAGGUACUCGAAAAUGUUCCGGAGCGCUCUCCUCAACUGAAUUUAGACUCUUGGUAUUCAUCGAGUCGGGGAGUAGUGUUCGCGCUCCUUGAGGAGAUCUUGAGGAAUUUUCUGUGAAUGGUCGCCUUAUGAAGCAUAUUUUCAUUAUGAUU